AUGGAGAGGAGACCCGAGAGCAUCAACGCAGACCUCGAAGAACACUCCGUGUCAACUCUCCCACUCUCUCAGCGCGCCGAGAUGUGGGACAUCGCAAAGGACGAUCCCUGGCGCAAGAAUGCUGUGAAGCGCCAGGAAGAGUUUGCCCAACACUCCCAACGUUGGAGCCACGACAGAUCAUCCAUCAUCACCCACAUGCGCGGCACGGAAGCCGAAAUCCGUGACCUCGGGAAAAAGGAGGAGAAGCUCAGCCGAGAGCUCGCCGCGGUCCGCAGUCGGGCUGUCCUCGUCAAUGAGACAUACAACCAAGAAGCGCAGCGCUUGAACAACAUAGAUGCUCAACAUAACGACUUGAUGCUUCGGCAAUGCAGGAACCAAGACGGUGUCCACGAGCGACAAUUGGCAUUGUCGAAGUUUAUUGAAAAGAGACCGGCGGAGAGUCAGCUCAAGCUUCCGUCGCUGACCAACAUACCCGCCCGCAUCCCACCCGCUUUGGAACCUCCACGCAGCAGAUCACACCCAAUAACGCCGGGUCAGAGGCUAGACCCUUCUCCCAGCUCGACGGCUGCUGGGCUGAAAGCUUUGCCAACGGCUGCGCAAGAGGCCUCUGUCAAAGCGUAUACAUCACCCUACAGGCCGCUACAGGCACACAUGUCUGGCAACUCAAGCCCCAUUACAAAAGAUACCCUCAUCUUACGGCACGACGGCAGCGUCUAUACAUAUCCUAAGUGCAUCGAAGGAGUCCCUGUGGAAAAGAUUACCCCCAGCCAUCCGUACUGGGAGCCUACGUGGCCCGAUCUACGAACCUUGGUAGAGCGCGAUCUGCGCGUGCAUGAGAUGAAUCGGUCGGCGAAGAAAGCCGGGAUACGUGACGAGGUGGUUCGUACGUAUCACUAUGAUCACAAAGUCACCCAGGGCAAGAGGAUCCUCAAGUUCCUUGAGCAAGACAAGACUAGCCCUUAUCAACUUCUCAGCAAGCGAUUCAUAGGCGUGGGCCACGGCACAAUUACCAAUUACAACACGCUAUAUCGCCUCUGUGAGACGCUUGAGUCCCUAGCUGAUUAUAAGACGGACGUUAAGCCCGUCGACUGGCUACGCCAGCGGCUACACGAGCUAGCUGAGGGGCAGGGCACUAGCUUCAAUCUUGCUAAGACUAUUCGCGACUUUUAUAACGAUCCUAAGCUAGCAGCACUACGCCAGAAGGCAGGCUUCAAGACUUUCGGGCGACCGAAGAGCCAAAGACCUAGACAAUGCCGUUCCUUCGGCGCCGCGCAAGAGUCCCAGCCCGUACGGCACGCCAAGCCUACCAGCCAAGCCGAUCGGCGUUGA